GAGAGCGGUCGUCGCGCGGCGGCGCUGUGUUCGGUUUCGGUGCCAGUGUCGCUCCGGGCGCUCCGCUGUUCGUGCGAUCGCGUGGCGCUCCUAGGCUGCCGGCGGCGUUGACGCGGCGUUUUGACGACGAUUUUUGUUUCUGCGCACGUGCGUCGACAGGGGCGCUACAGUUCGACGAAGGAAGGGCAGCGGCGGAGUGCGGCAAGAUGGCGGCCAGGUGUCGUCCUCCUGCCCGCCGGAGACGGGUCCGGACCGUCGAUCGUGCCCUAGGGGCAGGUCCAUGACGAGUGCUGCACUCUUGUUGCCGGCGCCGCAGGCGAGCUUGGGCGCCGACAUGGCUGACUUCCAGGACAUGUGGCAGGACAUUGAGAGCGUCCUGCUGGGCGACAUGGCACCUGGCUUCAGCCCCGAGCCCCGCGGCCCGAGCCCUCUUCCCCCUCGGCGACAGACCCUACCUCCGCCCUCGGCUCCUGGCCCCGGAUACCACCACGGCGGUGGAGGCGGUGGAGGGCCCGGUCAGCACCACCUCGCCGGCGCGGCCGCCUUCACGGCGCCGCCUCGUCCCGAUCUCCUCGAAGACCUCGGCCUCACCGUGGCCGACUCGAAGCAUCCUUACGGCUGCGGGGGCACCGACUCGCCCUCCUCGUCCAUACCACCGCCCCCGGCCUACCCGGCGCCCUACGCCUGGCCCGCGCCCUCCAAGUGCUCGGGCUACCUGGCCGCGGCGCGGUGUCCUUACCCUCCCCAGUGGUGCGGUUCUGUGCCGGACUCGUCCCGUUACGGUCCUCCGUGCGGUAACCCGCUGAGGCCGCCCCCGGCCAUCGGGGCGUGCUUCGGGCAGGGUAGGGUGCCGACGCCGCCUCCGUCCCCGCUCCAGCACGACGGACUAGUGGUGCCCCCUCCCGCCCUCUACCCCGGUCCCAGUGUGGUGCCCGUUGCGCCCGCGGCGCCCAAGCCACGCCGGGGCCGCCGGUCGCGCGGUCCCAAGAAGGUGACCGUGCACACCUGUUCCUACCCCGGAUGCUCGAAGACGUACUCCAAGAGCUCGCACCUCAAGGCGCACCUGCGCACUCACACGGGCGAGAAGCCUUACCAGUGCAACUGGAAGGGUUGCGGCUGGAAGUUUGCUCGCUCGGAUGAACUGACGCGCCACUACCGCAAGCACACGGGCGACCGGCCCUUCCAGUGCCGCCUGUGCGACAGGGCCUUCUCCCGGUCGGACCACCUCUCGCUGCACAUGAAGAGGCACGCCGAGGUGCUCUGAUUGUGCCUUUCGGGGGUUGCUCCGGUUCGGCGGUGGUGAUGUGUCCGAUGCUCCUGUGUUCGUCUCGACUUAUCCGAGAUGCCACGUCCCGGUGCUAGCGCGGAGGGGCGUCCAUUGCUCAAGUGCUGCGUCGGCCAGAACCGAGGCCGCCUGCCACACGACCAAAGAUGGCGAUACUCCUCCUCCUCCUUGUUCGCCCGUAUCUCACUCUCUCCCUGUCGCCGCAAACGCUGCUGCGACCACGCGGACCACACAGUACCACUACUACUACUACUCACGUCCAAGGACGCAAGCAAGGCGGUUCAAGCACGGCUCGCCCCCGUUCACGUAGUCAUGCCUGGCACCUAACGCACAGUGCCAACACCGCUGCAGUGCCCAGGAAAGGAAUGUACUCACCGGACGCAUCCGAGAAGAUGUGAUGGCGUUCUACUCUCCAGGCAACGGUGGUUGCGCGAAACGUGCGUUUCUCCUGGCCAAUCAGAUAGCCUCUUCUAAUCUCGGGAUGCUGAUGUUUGGUAACACACAGUGCCUCUUGUAGCGUACAGGAAUGAAUGUGCCGCCACCAGGGAGCGACAGAGAGGCGUACCAAUACUCCAUGGCCAAAGCAGCGAUCAUCUCCGUGGAACUGCAUUCUUUGUUGCCUGCUAUGCUACGUCGUGGUACGGCAUGGCGCCACGCGUGGAGUGUCCAGGAUAGAAGCCUCUCAAAGACAUCACACAAGGAUGUCUCCAUCCAAGAAUGACAGCGAGGCCUGGGCUCCUCAACAGACCUCUGAAAGUUCGUUCCGUCGUAGUUCGGCACUGUCGUCUUGCUGCAAACGAGUGUUGUGUGCGCUACCAGGAUACAACGCGUACACAGCACUCGUGUUAUCGCCAGUACUGGAUCAAGAAGGACUUUUCUGGUUCCCCAGAUUGCAAGAACGCGAGCUCAGUUUGAAAGUCUCGAAUUGCCUUAUGCUUCAGUACCGUGGCGGUGAACUGAGCUAAGUCCGCACUGGAAGACCUGUGUACGGCCUAAGUACGUCCACCAGCCCUGCAAGCAAGCGGUUUGAUGUUGCUGUGUCCCGGAGAAAUCCAUACAAGACAAAAGUUCACAAGACGACGGGGACUUCAAGCAAUGAACGAUGGUCGAACAAAGGAUGCCGCAGGAUGUGGACGAAGUUACCGAAGAUCAUCCCCCUCAGGACAAAGAAAGAUAAGUCCCAGAUGACAAGAGCAAGGCACUUCUUGUUCGACAACGGCUGUGUACUGGAGAGUCUACCGUGAGCUAUGGUUCGAGGUUGUGGACGUCAAGAGACAUUCGCAUCGUCACGUGUGACGCAGUGAUGUGUUGUUGAAGUAGUCGAAUCAGCGUGGUCAACCGUCGAGGUCGGAGGUUUUCGGAAGUAAUUUGGUUCACAAACCGAAUGAAGCGAACGCAAGUGCGCUGUUCUAACUCAAAAGAACUGGUCGUGGAAACCAGGCAAUCGCAAGUUGCAACGCCUUUGGAAAGCAGGUGUAGUAGGUGGUUUACCAGCCGAUAAGCGUUGGUCAGCGGCGAGUUAUUCUAACGGGUGGAACACGCGUGGCAGUUUCUUACCUAAGUUCCUGAGACAUAGUCUUUCAAUGGUAGUAUAAGGCCUAAGACGGCUAUCGUCAAAACUUCAGCGAUUGAUCUCGGACUGAGCUAGUGCGGAACGAUCUAACCACGAUGACUAGCCUGAACGAAGGAGAGAAUGUAACUACUUUACGAGUCUUUUACUUUUGUAUCUUCUCACGACCGAGUUUUUUCUGCUUCGGAAAGAACCUGUGUCAUGUGACCCAAUUAGAGAAGCGGCAGUAGCAAGGGAUGCAUGGCUAUUUCUUUGGCGAGCGGACGUGGCGCUGUCCGUAAAUUAUCUGUGACGGAAGUUAAAAACCCGAUUUUAUACUCGAUUCACUCAAACCCCAAACCGGCCUUUCCACACAAUCAAAUCAGGUUCUUGAACUUCACUCGUUACUUCGCAGUAUGAAUCUGGCUCCCUCCUGCUGUAACGUUCCAUAGUGAAGUUUUUUGGCUGUACACGACAGCAUGGUUAUAUCGUGAAGAUAGGAACACAAGCACAAAGGGAGAACUUCGUGGUAGGGCUAAGUUCUCGUUCAGACCCCCUGGACUCCUCUCGAAUAAUACUUUUAGCUCACUAGUCCAACAGCUCGGAAUGCUCUUGAUGUUCUAUAAAUCAAGCGUGCAAGCCGUAUGAUAUCGCUGCAAUACUGAACAGCUACAGUCGAGAACAACGAUGCAUCGAGUGUCAUGGAGGACCGUUCUGCGUCGUACAGCACGAGCCGUGUUACGUAGCCAUGGUGACGACCCAAGCCUCGCUCCGUGACAGUGUGUGCUGCUGUGAGCGAUGCUACUUUUUUUUUGUUCGUUUCUGUGUGUGUUAAAAGGCGUGAUGUGCGUGUGGCCCGGAAUCGCGCCCUCAUCAGCCACCAGGUGGCGUGGGCGUUUGGAAGAACCAGCCUAGUUGCGGAAUAGACGCAUACUCGGAUCCUAUAUCGACGUGGCAACUGUACGUGUGCAUCUGUGCGCGUAUGUGAAAGUGUGCCGGUGCCUUUUACGUCUCAGAAUAUCGUGGCCUUACAGUCCGGCGCGACGUGGACGCUUUCUGUUUGGAUUUUUCUUUAUUUUUUUCUCUCUCUCUCUCUCUUCGGAAGACACUGUGGGGAAGAGUGCAACUCGGUCUACUCAAUAUUGACUGUCGAGGUCCUCCUCCCCGCCGUCGGUGACAAGGAUAGCCACCGAGACCACGAAGCGAGUUCAAUAAAUGAACGAGUGUAUUUAUUGUUACCCA